AUGCAGAUGCCGCAGAUGCUGCAGCACGUCCGCAACUAUGCAGACAAGAUCGUCCAAGUGCCACAGAUGGCUGAGUCCAUAUCCGAGGGAACGCUGAAGCAGUGGUCCAAGCAGAUUGGCGAUUUUGUCGAGCAAGACGAAGAGAUUGCGACCAUUGAAACCGACAAGGCAAGUUGCGUCAUCAAGGAAUUCUUGGUCAACGAAGAGGAUACCGUUAGUGUCGGUCAAGAUAUCGUCAAGUUGGAGCUUGGCGGCGAAAAACCUAGCAGCGGCAGCGAGGACCCUAGCGAAGGGAAGACCACAUCAGACAAGCCUGCCGCCGAGCCCGAAUCUCAACCCGAGCCUUCCAAGUCAGAGUCGAAGCCUGAGCCUAAGGAUGAACCUCAGCCUGAAAGCAAGGCAGCUGCUCCUCCAGCCAAGGAGACCAAGGAGACUUCCAAGCCCGUGCCCAGUCCCUUGAAAGACACUGCUUCGAGCACUGGUCAAAGCCUUGGUAGUCGUGAGGAACGCCGCGUGAAAAUGAACCGCAUGCGCCUUCGCAUCGCCGAGCGUCUCAAGCAGUCGCAAAACACUGCGGCAUCGCUGACCACAUUCAACGAGGUCGAUAUGUCGUCUCUCAUCGAGUUUCGAAAGCUUUACCGUGACGAUGUGCUCAAGAAAACUGGUGUGAAGCUGGGCUUCAUGAGCGCCUUCUCACGCGCGUGUGUCUUGGCCAUGCGCGAUAUCCCUGCUGUGAACGCGUCCAUCGAGGGGCCCAACGGAGGCGACACUAUCGUAUAUCGUGACUAUGUUGACAUAAGUGUUGCUGUGGCCACGGAAAAGGGCCUCGUCACUCCGGUUGUCCGCAACACUGAGUCACUUGAUAUGCUGGGCAUCGAGAAGGCGAUCGCUGACAUGGGCAAGAAGGCUCGAGACAACAAGCUCACCAUCGAAGAUAUGGCUGGUGGCACCUUCACUAUUAGCAAUGGUGGCGUGUUUGGCUCUCUCAUGGGGACCCCGAUCAUCAAUCUUCCUCAGACCGCCGUGCUGGGUCUCCAUGCCGUUAAGGAACGCCCCGUUGCGGUCAAUGGGAAAAUUGAGGUUCGCCCCAUGAUGUAUCUAGCUUUGACCUAUGACCACCGGCUUCUGGAUGGAAGGGAAGCUGUUCAAUUCCUUGUAAAGGUGAAGGAGUAUAUUGAAGAUCCUCGUCGUAUGCUCUUGUAA